AUAAAUAUUGUUAUGAUUCUUUGAUUGCACGGUCAAAAUUUGAAAGUUAAAUAAAUAUUUAAAAGAAACAGAAAAAUAGUGGAAAAAUAGAAAACUUAAAAUGAACAGCAAAGACUUAGCUAAACUUGCAAAAGUACCUAUUGCAAAACCUGGAUUUGAUACCCUAGGGAUGUCAGCGCCUGUCUUAGUCCAAAUGAAUCCAGACGGCAAAUGGGAAAGCUCUAAACCUAGUAACUUAGACGAAGAGCGGCUUAAGGCCAUAGUCCAACAUUUAGUGAAUUCGAAUACAGUAUCUGCAGCACAAAGUGUUUGCAACCAGUGUGCCUCUGAAAAUCAGACAGGAGGCGAAUCAAACUAUGUACCAGUCAUCAUGAUGCCAAUAUACCCUGCAGACCAAUGCCCUUUUGAUUUGGAAUGUGAAGUGCAAAAAAUGAAAGAAACCGAAGUAAAGAAACCUCCGAAAAAAAUAACCGCCAGAGCAGAAGAAAAAGAUUCUAGCAAAGGUGUAACUCAGAAGAAAAUAAAGAAACGACAGUUCGUAAUGCAACGUCUUACAGAUUUUGAUUUAUUGUCACAGUGGUGAACGUUAGCAAAACUUAAUCAAAAUAAAAUUAAUGUUAAUAACGCG